CCCCCAUUUUCAAUUAGCCCCCGAUGGGUGGAGUAAUGCAAUCAGGAGUAACUACAGCCCACCCGGAGCCUCCUCUCUCAGUCUGCCCCAGACUCCGCACAGGCUCAGACUCCUCAGACAGGAAGGUGAGCAACCCUGCGUGAAAAUGACCGAGCGCUACGACUGCCACUACUGCAAGGAGUCCCUGUUUGGGAAGAAGUAUGUCCUGCGAGAGGAGAACCCCUACUGUGUGAAAUGCUAUGAAAGCCUGUACUCCAACUCCUGUGAGGACUGCAAGAAGCCCAUCGGCUGCAACACCAGGGAUCUGUCCUACAAGGACCGUCACUGGCACGAGGACUGCUUCAAGUGCUUCCAGUGCAAGCGCUCCCUGGUGGACAAGCCAUUCUCCACCAAGGAUGAGCAGCUCCUCUGCACCGAGUGCUACUCCAACGAGUACUCCUCCAAGUGCCACGAGUGCAAGAAAACCAUCAUGCCAGGCUCCAGGAAGAUGGAGCAUAAGGGGAACAGCUGGCAUGAGACCUGCUUCACCUGCCAGAGAUGCCAGCAGCCCAUCGGCACCAAGAGCUUCAUCCCCAAGGACAACAGCAACUUCUGUGUGCCCUGCUACGAGAAGCAGUUUGCCAUGCAGUGCAUCCACUGCAAGAAGCCCAUCACCACCGGCGGGGUGACCUACCGUGACCAGCCCUGGCACAAGGACUGCUUCCUGUGCACUAGCUGCAAGCAGCAGCUGUCUGGCCAGAGGUUCACCUCCAGAGAUGACUUUGCCUAUUGUCUCAACUGCUUCUGCAACCUUUAUGCCAAGAAGUGCGCCUCCUGCACCACCCCAAUAAGCGGUCUUGGAGGCAGCAAGUACAUUUCCUUUGAGGAGCGCCAGUGGCACAAUGACUGCUUCAACUGUAAGAAGUGCUCCGUGUCCCUGGUCGGGCGUGGCUUCCUCACCGAGCGUGAUGAUAUCCUCUGCCCAGAGUGUGGCAAGGACAUCUAAUUCAGUCUGAGGGAUGAUCCAUACAUCUGCCUGGAUGAACAUGUCAUAAUCAAUGAAUGACAAGCAGAAACGAAAAACCAUCGCAGCGUUAGCAACCUUAGCGUCUUUACUACAUUGCAUCACUAUGACUGUACACUGUUUAACACUGAAAUACUAACAGUGUUAUUUGAAUUUACAGAGUUUAUUCAAGUGAAAUGUUCAAUUCUUGAGAAAAAAGUCCUUACUAAUAAAAUACCUGUAAGCAUGAAUGUAAAAACCUUUACCUAUAAAACAGAAAGAAAUGUUUGCAGAUAGUUUAAGAAACCUUCUGAAAUAAAUCUACAGUGUUAAUGCACACUAUUAGCUUUAAAGUGUGAUAGCAAAUACUGCUUUAUGCAUGGAUCAGCUUGAUUCUGUAAUUAGUUUGAGAUUUUGUGAAUGGGUUGUGCUAUAACCACUGAAAUAUUAAUAUCGCAUCUUUAAUCUUAUAAAUGCUAAUUGUAGUUGUGCAUGACAUUUUAAAUUUCAGAACUGCCAAUAUAAAAAAACUACCGGAAAACAAUGGAUUAGGUCAACAUGUUUGCAGAAAAUACAAACUCUUCACCGGCAUUUCAAACAUGGGCAACAAAGCUGCUGAAUUUUCCAUUUCAACAAAAUCAACAAACAGGAUUCAUUUUACUGAGAAUUUAUUUAAAAAAAAAAAAUUGUUGGUACAAAGAUGAUUCUGAUUCAAAAUGCUUUUUCCUGUGUGUUUUUGAUGAAGUCUGUCUAUAUCAAAGACACCACACCAGCAAUAAAUAAAUUUCAAAAGGUA